AUGAUCUCUGCUGCAGAAGUCGUAUUCUUUCCGGUCAAGCCAAACACAGACCCCUCCGAAUUACUGUCCGAAGCAACACAGAUCAUGUCUUGCCAAAAAGAUUUUCGGGCAGCAUACUAUGGUCCUCUAGUUGAGGAUGGGAAGAUCCAUUGUUUAGUCCUCGAAUGGAAAGACAGAGCGGCAAUAGAGGCUUGGACAAAGGUAUAUGAUGCACAGAAGGCUAAGGAAUUAGUUGAGAAAAUUGUGAAUAUGGAAGCAGGACUAGAGCCUUUCAUAAGAGAGCUGAUGGUUGAGAAAGAUUUCACACAGUUCGCGCACGAUAUAACCAAAGCUAUGACAGCAAACGUCACAGGAUUCAGAUUCUUCUCUCUUCCUGACGCCAGAGCUACCGAGGCUGUCGUACUCAAGGACAUCAUUGGGCCAACACCCAACAUGAACGACCACUCCGGAAUCACGGUCGGUGAGGCCAGUGGCGCCGCAGCGGGAUUCGUCUGGGUGUCGAAGCCAGAGAUGGCGGAUAUGGGAAGUACAAUAUGCUUCACAGAAACCUUCGGGUAUGAUAGUGUUGCCGAUCAUUGGAAAUGGAGAGACACGCCAGAGCAUGCUGAAGUGAUUAAGGGGAUAGAGGCUCUUGUAAGGGAUAUGGGGUUAAAAGCUGUGGAUGUGUUGGGGAAGCGUAGGAAAAGAGUUUCUAGAGCUCUUUCGCCAUUUGAUACUCACUAUGGAUUUCUGAAUGGCUUUGGCGAGGGUGAGCCGGCGCUGUUUACUGGUCAGUGUCGCGCUCCUUGCCUACAUCUACUCCACUAUUGUCUGAAAUACGUCGGGGACUUGCCGGACAGGGUGAAGAAAGUCUAUGCAGGCAUCACUAUCAAUGAAAAACCUGAGCUGCCAAAAUACCAACUCCCUAAUGAUCCAAUCAGCUUCUUCGAAGCAACCGCUGUUUUCAUCAUGCAGAAAGCACUUACCCAACAAGAUAGAAGCCCAUGGUACGGGAGCCAAUGGAAUACAAAGGGAUGCCAAUCUGCAAUUGCCCACACAGAGGAGGCGCUUGCCCUACUGGAGCCAGAAGCCGAUAUAAGCAUGGCACUAGUAGAACUAGAAUAUUUUAUCUCUACCAUCUGUCCGAAUUUACAAAAGAAAAGACUUGUUGUCAGUGCUGUCAUGGAUGUCAACGAAAUGUAUCAAAACUGCGCUUUAAAGCUUACAAGUGCAGUUUCGACUCUGACUUCGAGAGCUCCCAUUCUCCGAGCCUAA